AUGUCGGUCAAAGCUAUUCAAAGAGAAAUCAUGACGUAUGGGCCUGUUGUUGCCAAUAUCAUCGUUUAUGAAGACCUCAUAUACUAUAAAAAAGGAAUUUACAAGCACACAGCAGGCGCAGAAACGGGUGGCCAUGCUAUAAAGAUAAUUGGUUGGGGCACCGAAAAUGGUGUGCCCUAUUGGCUCAUUGCUAAUUCGAUGAACUACGACUGGGGAGAGAACGGUUACUUCCGCAUGAUACGUGGAAUUAACGACUGUGAUAUUGAAAAAUACGUAGUCGCCGGACAUGUCUAA